AUGGACAAGCAGCGUGCGUCCUCCCUUGAGGGGGAGGUGCAUCAUGGCAUUGAUGUUAUUGUGAAGCUUACACAGUUUAGUGGCGGUGAAGAUAGCGUUAAAACACUAAUUGAUAAAGAAAUUGCGAGGCUUACAAAGCAGCAUAAUGGCUGUCAAAAGUCUCCGCAGCCUCAUGCCUCUUCUGACUGUCCUCAGCAUAAGAAGCUUGAGGAGCUUAGAAAGAAACUUGAGACAUUGAAACAGAAUAAAGAAAAUCAUUGUGAAACAUUAUUAAAUAACCUGUGUUCUGGCUUGGAGAAGUUCCUUGGUUACCAAGAAACUUCCAAAGGCUACGAUGGCUCUGGCAUCGUGUACUCGGACCUGGACAGGCUCUGCGACGGGGUGAUGUCUUUCCUUCAUGGUGUUCUCAGCGGAGUGAAAGGUGAUGAUAACGUUACGAAAUAUGAUAAUAAUCUUCGUAGUGAUGCUAAUUUGAACAGUGUUCUUCAACUUCUUACUUCUUCAAUUGGCUCCGGGCGUUCUGGCAUUUCUCAGUCUGUCGCCAGUGUGAAGGGGUGGUUGGGGAAAUAUAAUGAGGAAGUUGGCAAGAAGACUGGAGCAGUGACCGAUGGAUUAUCUACACUUAUAGGUGGAAAUGAGUAUUACAAGGAAGUGGAGAAUCAAGAGAACUCUGGGCUCGGCACUCAACUAAUGGGUUGGACGUCGACCGUGCAGAAGAUUAAAUUUGAACUUAAUGACAUAGAAACACGUAAUAUUAAGACACUAGAUCCUACACUUAGCGCACAAAUAAUGAACAAAGUAGACCCGAUAACUAAGGUUGUCGAGCACUUGCAGAGUGUGGCAGGGAACGGUGACUUUGCCGCUAAGGUGAAGGCGGUUGAUAGUGAAAUGGAUGCGAAGGAAGCGCAUGUCAGAGACGAAAUAGAGAAGAAAUGUAAAGCUCUGCAACUCACGUUAAAGACAAAGUUUGAAGCCAUAAAUGCUGAUAUUGAUAAGAUUGGAGAAGAGCGUACCACCAAGUUGAAGGAGUUGCUAGAGUUGGUCGCGAAGUUGGAGACAAGCGUAAUCACUGCAGAUAAAGACGCCAACAAUCUAGUAACGAGAUACGAUUCUGAGAUUGCUCAGAAAUUGAACGAUAUAAAUGAGCAAGUCACACCACUUGACACCACCCCAAUUUCAAGUGGCCUAAAUACAGUGUUCACUGAAGUUGGUAAGCAGUUGGAGGCGCUUGAGGAAAAGUUGGUAGAGCUUGGCGGGCUUGGAAAUGCUGUGAGAAUUAAUUUGGGUACCGGGCUGGAAAAUAUUAAACUUGACUUACAACAGGCAAUUGAGACGCUCAAGCAAGAAAUAAAAAGGAACGUUAAAGCUUAUGUUGAGGGUGAGUUGCCUCGGAAAAUUAUAGAUAAAAUAUCAUCGUUUGCUGGUAAUAUUGCGCAUCAGGAUGGUAUAGACGGACAGUUAGAUGAAAUUGUCCAUAUUGCGAGGCAGUACGCUGAACAGUUCACCCAGGGGCGGAGGGAUAAUGGGCUUGAAAAAACACUGCAAAAAUGGAUGGAAGAUAUAUUGGAUGAUAAAGGUACGAUUAAGCAUAGGAUUGGGAAGUAUGUUAACGAUAAUAGUAACAAAGAUACUUUUAUACGGACAAUUAAGGAUGAGCUUACAAGAAGGAUUUCCGCAAACUUCCCAUCCUACCUGGCUGAAAGCAAUAACAUUAAACAAAUGAUUCUUGAUGCCCGAGAUGCUUGCAAUAAAUUCGCCACAACGCUUGCAAGAAAGCUGGAGAGUGGGAAGAUCACAACGUCCGGUGAUUCACAUCCGUUUGUUAAGGAGAUAGCCACAGCAAUUGACAAGGGAGUUUUGCAGAAAAAUACCGAAGAACGCGGUUACAAUCCAGAAUUUACUUUUCAAACUGCCAUCUAUAAUAUGCUUAAACAACUCCUUCCCAAAGUCACGAAAGCUGCGACGGAACUUGAAUGGUUCGCCGAAGAGGCAAAAAUUGGGAACGUGGAGGUAGCUAUCAGAGAGGUUAAGCAACUUGGUAAUAGGCUUGGAGAUGAAGUUAAAGCUGUAGACGACCCACACAAGCUUGGAAAUGCAAUCCAAUCUAAGGCCAGCGCUGAAGCCAUCAAGGGCGAUUUCAAAUCUCCACUGGAGAAACUGCUCACUUCUGCGGGGGAGAAAGGUAUCACCAUGUUAAAUGCUAAGGUGUGGCAUUGCAUUAACAAUGGUCUUAGUGAUAUUAGUCCGAAUAUCAAGACGCACAUCGAUAAAUUGAAUAAGGAUUCCGUUGUGCAAGCGGACAAUAUUUACCAACUGGUUCAGUCUCUUCAGAAGCAGAUUAGUGAUCUGAAGGAACUCACGGAAGCGGUUAACGACAAGGCCAAUAAUGAAAUUAAGCAGCGGGUUGAGUCACUAAAGAAGCGUGUUGCAGAGCUUAAGAGCAGUAUUACGAACAUUAGUGAACAAAUCAAUGCAUUUAACACGUCUCUUCGAACGGCCAUUGACACUGCCAAAGACACAGUUGAAUCAGCCCGUUACGCUCUGCAAAAGGAAAUCACUGACACGCAACUUCACCUCAACAACAAAGUCACUCAAGCCUUCAAGGCUGUUUACGACAAGGUAAAAGAGGUGUUCUGCGAGCAGCAUAAGGCGGACUUAAAGGCGUUGAAAGAUCUCGUAAACGAGCAAAACGCUGCGAUCACCGAGAUCAUUAGGAAGGAUAAGGAAAGCGGCGUGAAAGGUCUUUUGGAUAAGAUGAAUAAGCAAAAAGGCAUGCUUGACACUGUAAAAAACCAGAAUGAAUUAUUUUUCACGGCCAGUUACCUCGACUUAUUCCUUAUACCAGUUACCGAUUAUAUACAAAAUGAAGUAAAAACACAAGCAAAGGGAGACUAUAAAAUUACAAAAGAAAUCAAACUACUGUGCAUGGUUUUCAGAAAUAUUGUUAUUGGCAUUUCGGAGUCCAAACACUUCUCCCACGAAGUCUCCAACAGGCUCUCCAAGCUGUCCGAAAAAGUCGACGGACUGAAACCACUGGAGUUGCCGGACGCCGGACGGCCCGUACUAGGGGCGCUGAAAACCGGAAUGAAUGCAUUUGUAAAAGAGCUGCAGAAGCAGUACGUUAACAAGUACGAGGGGUGUCAGCCGAUCACUCAGUGGGUGACUCAGGACACUGACCAAAACGUUGGGCAAGGAGCUGACCAAGGCGCUGGUCAAAAGACAAAGUUGACACCUGAAGGCAAAAAUUGUGCCAGCAUACUUUUAACUAUACUUCCCAUGAUGAAUCACAAAUUGUCCAAACUGAGGCUUUAUUGUUCUUCGGAUUGGCAAAAUCAAAAGAUUAAUUCGCAUGGCACUAACGGUCUCGGUAAAUUCUUACGUUCAUGUGAUUACACCGUUUCAGAUUCCGUUGAGAGAGAUCACGGCGAAUUGCAGAAUAGCGAUAAAAUGAAAGGUAAGGAUAUCCUUGAUCGCCUCGUAAAUAACAACAUUAUCAUGCUCCCAUCGUCAGAUGAUGAUGUUUACGACGGCGGCAUAAUUGUUGAUUUACAUCGUUGCUUAUCCACUUACUACAAUGUCUGUCACCUUAGACUCCACGACUCCCCUAAGUAUCCCUGCAGUGUUAGAGACAUGUUGACGUACCUUUGCGGACUCCCAUACACUAGAGUCUAUCAGAGCAUUAAACCACAUUGUGAAACGAUGCUCAAAAAAGAAACCGAUGACGCCACUAAAAAUGGCAAAGAACCAGAUACAGUAAUGAGUAGUAUUUUUAGAAGAGAAUUGGUUGGAAGCUUGCAUCCAACUUGUACUCAGGCGAGAGAUAUACUUGUUACCAUCUGCGGUUACGGCCGUGGAGCAGAGACCGCCGACUACCCCUACGCUUGCAAUUUCGCGGACAAUUCCCGUGGUUUCCAUUAUCCAGAUAGCGUCUCUACUCUGAUCGAUGUGUUGAAAGAUAUGUGCUCACGUUUACUUCGAUCUCUCUACUUCUUACGCACACGAUGCUCAUACGACGCAUCUACGGCCAACGGCUGGCGUGAUUGCCGCUACGGCAAAGAUGUCUCCGCUUACCAGUUGCCGUGUAAAAACUCAUCCCACUCCGAUGCGGAAUGUGUCCCGAAAUCUCCUCUGCAGGCACACUUGACCGACAGCCUUCCCGGAAUGUUGCCGCACGCGGUAACGUCUGUUGGCUGUAAGUCAACUUGCAACACUUGUCCUAAGAUGUCCCCUGGCCAACCGUGUCUGACACCUAUGGGUUUCUGGGACUUGACAACUUCGGCGUCUAUAAACAAAAAGGGGCGUGACAUAUAUGUUGUGCUUUCCGAUUUCUGUAAAGAUGCAGAGUCUCCCCUCUGCGCUCUGCUGCGAUGUCUGCAAUUUGUGUCUCCAUCCCCACCUAGCAGUUUACCAGACAUGUUCUCCUUAUUCUGCAAUUUCUUCCAAUGGAGGAAAGUAGACAGUAGAACUGACCGUUUACGAUAUGGCCAAAAUGCCGAUUUUAUACAGCACUUGACCGAUGAGACCAUAGAGGCUGCGUUCCCACUGCACAAGUGGUAUCACGAAAAUUUCAGUAAUGCCAUUCUCACCAACGCACUGACUAAAUUAGAGAAAUCUGUCGACAAUCACAACAAUCCUCCUGCAGACGAUGCAGACCCCAAGACGCUGUCGAGCACCCACUCGGACUUAGCUAGUCUGACCUUCCGUUCGAACUGCAAAAUCCCAGGCACAUGCGGUCAAUAUAUGCAGCCUCUGUGUGUCCAUGCCUAUCAUACAUAUUCUCAAAAACAGGCUGGACUUCACCUGUCAUGGUUCGUACACCUAGCAUGGAGAUUCUGGCAAUUGCUUGAUUGCUUCCUUAAGGCCAUCCAGAAUGCUCAAUGCAAAUCAUAUGGAUGCUCAUCCUGUAACUGCGGCAGCGGUAAGCACGGCGACAAAGAAGCCUGUAAGUGUGAAUCGGUUGUAAAAUGUGGUAGCGUUGUAUCCACAUUCUAUCAAUACGGAUUCACAUUUGGCAACGCAAAGCAACUCGCAUCCACAAAGAAAUGUGAUAUGCUAUGUGCACAGCUUAAGAGAGUAGUAUAUUCCCAGCAAUUCAAAGAUCUAUUUGACGCAAUAGAUAAGUUCAUCUGGGCCAUCCGCACACCCUUCUCAUACCUCUUAUUAGCCCUCUGGUCGCUGUCGCUCCUGUACCUGCUGCACAUCGCCGUCGUCCGCCUCGACGUCCUGAGGAUACGCUCCCACCUGCGCUCGCCCGCAAGCCACCGCAUCGCCGCGCAGUCGCUACUCGCCGCCGCACGCGUCAGGGCACUCGCCAACGUCAAGUACUUCUCACCAUAA